AGAGUGUCGGAGUUUUGCCGAGCUACAGGUGCCGAGGCGCAAGUCUACCGCUUAGAAGCUGCUUUUGGCCUUUUUGGGCAAUCUACUGACGCGAAGCCAUGUGGAUCCUGCUGCUGUUGAACUUGGUCGUGUCAGAGGCGGACAAGUCUUGUCCCUACUACCAGGCCAGUGGCUGCAUCCUCGAUCAGAUGGAGAAGGUUUGCGAGGGCGAAGCCAAUGAAAUGAUCACGCCCUCUGCCGAGGAGAAUAUUUGGAUGUGCUGUUGCCCCAAUCCAUAUGUGCCCUGUUCGAGUAACGAGUCCGAUGAGACUUGCGUCAAGGCCAUCAGAAAGCAACUCAAAGACCAUGGCAGUCUGGGCCUGGAUGGGCUCCUGGAGGUGCGAAAGACGCUCCUUGGGAGCUCUGAGCAAUGCGGGGGCUUCUUCCUGGACACGGUGACGCCCAUAUGUAAGGAAUGGCCUUCUGCCAUGCCCAAGCUGAUGUGUGAGAUGCUGACUUGGCAGUGGGAGGAGCUGGGUGAUGGAAAUUCCGAGGAGUUCGCGCAAUUCAGCUGCCCAAUGAUCGAGGCCAACCGGGCCAGCGACGGCAACUCUCGCAAGGGACAUGCGCUGAGCUGGGAUCCCCAGCGUCGUGAGUUGUAGAGGGGCCGCUCCGCUCGCGGACUUCCGCGGUGGACGCUUUGACGCUGACCGGGGAACGCCGGUCAAAAAGAAAAAAGAAGCCCAUGCUGGCAUCCGGGUCCGGUUGGGAGAAUUUUGCCCAAGUCCUUGAAUCCAGAGACUUGCAAUGGGGUGUUGCAAGCGAGCCUUGCCGAGCCGUGCUUGAAGAUGUCCAAUGCAGCUCGCAAAGAGACGUCUCGCCUUGUUUGACUCCCGGAG